AUGGAAGAAGCUGGUCAACUUAACGUCGAGGAGUCGACUGAACCUCCUAUAUGUGGCCUACACCCAGCCGCAGAUAAAUCAGACCGAAACAAGAAUUCUCAUCUUCAACAAGAGACUAGCAAAGGGGCAGAUCUCCCUCCAAAGAAACGUGACUAUCAGUCUGAAUCAAUCAUCGGAGAUUGGACUGAGCACUAUAAGCUCGCUCACAUAUACGACAGCAAGAGAGUCGCUGAAGCCCUCGUAGUCGAUAUCGAAAAUGGACUUAGCAGUGCCGAAGCUGCAUCUCGCCUUGCACGAGAUGGCCCUAAUAAGGUGGAGGGAGCUGGCGGGCUUUCCCUGUGGAAAAUUCUGUUAAGACAAGUAUCAAACAGUCUAACGCUUGUUCUUGUGAUUACUAUGGCUCUGAGCUUCGCUAUCAAUGAUUACAUUGAGGGUGGCGUCAUCGCCGCAGUGAUCUCUCUGAACAUUGUCGUUGGAUUCGUUCAAGAUUAUAAAGCCGAAAAACAGAUCAUGAGCCUAAGAGACAUGUCUGCACCCAUAUCCAAAGUUAUUCGCGAUGGUCAGACCAUAGAGGUAAAGGCAGAGCUCCUCGUCAUCGGUGAUAUCGUUCAACUGAACGUUGGAGACAUUGUGCCUGCCGAUCUUCGCCUUACAAGUGGCUUGAACGUCUCUACGGACGAAUCGCUGCUCACAGGAGAGUCACUACCAGUUCAGAAGAAUCCGAACCUCACCCUGACCGAGGAAGAACUCCCGCUAGGUGAUCGUACCAACAUGGCAUACUCUGCGAGCAAUAUGACAGCUGGACGCGCAACUGGUAUAGUUGUCUCCACCGGUAUGAGGACUGAAGUAGGCAAGAUAGCGGAUCUGCUCCGCGAUGAGAAAGUCCGCGAGGACGACUCGAGCGCCAUCGAUGAUGCAUUUAGAUCCUUUAAGGACGGUUUGAAAACCAUCUUAGGUCUUGUGGGAACUCCACUCCAAAUUAAACUCAGCAAGUUUGCGUUACUGCUCUUCGGAUUGGCCAUUCUUCUAGCGAUCAUAGUGUUCUCUGCGAACGUCUGGGAUGUCAGUGGUGAAGUAUUGCUCUAUGGUAUAUGCGUCGCUGUCGCUGUCAUCCCCGAGUCUCUUAUUGCCGUGUUGACUAUUACCAUGGCGGUUGGCACGAAGGCUAUGGCCAAGGGCAAUGUUAUCGUUCGUAAACUUUCGGCUCUAGAAGCCGUGGGAGGAGUCACUAAUAUUUGUUCUGACAAGACGGGGACUUUGACACAGGGCAAGAUGAUUGCUCGCAAAGCUUGGAUUCCUAGAGCCGGCAUUCUCACUGUGCAUGAUACAACAGACCCAUUCAAUCCUUCCGACGGACACGUCAAAUUGAAUGACACUAACCUGGGAACCGAGAAGACACCCGAGCUCUCGGAACUGACUGGCAUCAUGACUACAAUAUCUCUUUGCAAUCUAUCACAGGUGUAUUGCAUGAGUGAAGAUUCCAUCUCAUCGUCCAUAGGUCCUACCGAAGAGUGGAAAGCAAUCGGAGAACCCACAGAGAUCGCAUUACACGUGCUGGCGCUCCGUCUUGGUUAUGGAAAGGCUCCUCUACUAGAGAAACAAGACUUGAAAUGGUAUUCCGAAUUCUCUUUUGACUCGACGCUAAAGAGAAUGUCCGUGGUAUAUGGCAGCAAGACCGGAGUCAUCAAGGUUCACACUAAGGGAGCGGCCGAAGUCAUCCUACCUCUUCUGGACGCUACAGAGGACAUGAAAGCCGAGAUAAUGUCAAUGGCGGAGAAGAUGGCCGAAGAAGGUCUCCGAGUCCUUUGUAUUGCGCAUCGCGAUCUACCCCUUCACAGCUCGACCACUCAAAGCUAUCAGCGUGAAGACGUGGAGACACAGUUAUCCUUCGCCGGCCUGAUUGGAAUUUACGAUCCCCCGCGUCUCGAGACAGCUGGUGCUGUGAGAAAAUGUCAGAUGGCAGGAAUUAGCGUACACAUGCUCACAGGGGAUCACAUCAAGACCGCCACUGCAAUCGCAUAUGAUGUUGGCAUCCUAGGCCCGCACAUGCCCAGCUCUUCCAGCGGCACCGCCAUUAUGCCGGCCGCCCAUUUCGACAAGCUCACUGAGCAGGAGAUAGACGCCAUGCCCUCCCUUCCGCUCGUAAUCGCCAGAUGUAGCCCUACAACAAAGGCCCGGGUGGUUGAGGCCAUGCAUCGCCGCGGCGCAUACUGCGUAAUGACCGGCGACGGUGUCAACGACUCGCCCGCUCUCAAACGCUCGGACGUUGGCAUCGCCAUGGGCCUCGCAGGUAGCGACGUCGCCAAAGAUGCUGCUGAUAUGGUUCUCACCGACGACAACUUUGCGUCUAUAGUCAAAGCCGUCGAGGAAGGCCGGCGACUAUUCGACAACAUCCAGAAAUUCCUUAUGCAUCUGCUCAUCUCGAAUAUCGCACAGGUGCUUCUUCUGCUUAUUGGCCUCGCGUUUAAGGACUCUCAAGGGAACUCUACAUUCCCGCUGUCCCCGCUUGAGAUUCUGUGGGUCAAUCUUGUAACGUCCUCGUUCCUGGCAAUUGGUCUUGGGCUCGAGGAAGCGCAACUCGAUGUGAUGUACCGCGCUCCACAGGACCUCCGCAUUGGCGUAUUUACCCGCGAGCUCAUCACGGAUAAAUUCAUCUACGGCUUCUUCAUGGGUUCGCUUUGUCUUGUAUCCUUCGUUUCCGUCGCAUACGGCGCCGGCGGAGGCGAUCUAGGACAUGACUGUAAUGAUGGCUACAACGCGACCUGCGACAUCGUGUUCCGCGCUCGAUCAACCACAUAUGCGACGCUGACAUGGCUACUGCUGGUCACGGCCUGGGAAGUCAAGCAUUUCUCGCGGUCACUGUUCAACCUCAAUCCCAAACUGCACGCUGGGCCGUUCAGCAUCUUCCCGACGAUCUGGCAUAAUAGAUUCCUGUUCUGGGCCGUCAUGGCGGGAUUUGCGAUCUCGUUUCCCGUAGUCUACUUACCCGUGGUCAAUCGUGAGGUGUUUAAGCAUAGCGGACUGACGUGGGAAUGGGGCGUCGUGGUCGCCUGCCUUGUUGUGUAUGUUGCGCUUGUAGAGAGCUGGAAGGCGGUGAAGAGACGUUUUGGCAUUGCAAGUGGCCGGAAUGAGGUGUUGACGGAGGCGGAUGCAGAGGCCAGGGCUGGGCUGGAGAGGACGAUGACAUUUUCGCCAACGGAGACGAUUGAGAAGGCAUGUAGUCAUUAG